AGGACGUACACCUUUACGGAAAUGAACUGUGUCUUUCUCCAAUGAAUAGCCGCCAAAACAUCAGCCACCCUGAAAUAGCUAAGCCAAGUGUCACCAACAUACCCACUUAUAAUUGAAACGCCAAGCGACUUUGAAGCCAAGGAAGACUCAUUUCGAUUGUGUGACUCUGUUUAGAAAGCUCUGUUAGAAAGCUCCAAAUUUAGACGAGGGUUUUGAUACAAUCGCCAUGAAUGCUCCAGAUCGCUACGAGCGCUUUGUUGUGCCUGAUGGCAUGCAAAAAGUUACUUAUGAAAGGGACAUGAAAAUCAUGAAUGCUGCAUCAUUCACCAUCCAGAGAGAAGACCAUACAAUCGGUAACAUUCUUCGUAUGCAAUUGCACAGAGAUCCAAAUGUUCUUUUUGCUGGUUACAAGUUGCCACAUCCACUGGACUACAAAAUUAUUGUCAAGGUUCAAACUACUAGCCAGUCUUCUCCCAUGCAAGCAUACAACUUGGCAAUUAAUGACCUUGAUAAAGAGCUUGAUCAUUUAAAAGCUGCUGUGAAGGAGGAGUCAAUGGUGUACCUCAUCACCAAUGCAUCAUUUGACCACACCUUCCAGCUUGCUUUGAAGGCUGAAUUGGACCGUCUUGAGGGUGAGAACAUGAGCAAGUAUUCUUGAUGGGAAAACAGAGUUCGGAAAAUUUUGAUGGGAAUUGCAGAAGAAUUACAUCUGAUGCCUUGAAAACUUGAAUAUUUGUACUCAAUAGGGAAGUGUAGACGUACUGGCAGCUGUUGGGAAGGGUAUGUGUAUCUGUCUGUAAAUUUGGGGAUUUAGUUCUGAAUAUCAGCUGACUGACCAGGACAUUCAGAAAAUUCAAACUAUGCGAUGCAUAUCGGUGAAAUAUGGAUGCAGGUCUGUUUGUAACAAUGUAAAUGGUAGCGUGUUAGUAUUGGGCUUAUGUUUUGUUUGUAAAUUUGGAUAAGUAAAUAACCAUACCGAUGUAUUUCAGGAAACAAGAUGUUGAUUUCAAUUACAAAAAACAUUUCACAUGUAGGUCCUUUUCAAUGUCCUAGGUGGAAUGCGAAAUUGAUUUCAAAUAAUAUUUCUUUCAUUGUGAAAAA